AGGGUAAAUAAAUUGGGCGUGAGAAGAAGAAUAUACAUAUAGCAGAAAUAGAAGGUUCGAAAAGACAGAACGGCGCCGAAAUGGAAGGUUCAUUCAUAGUACCAAUGAAAGGGCAGCAGUAUUCUACUCAAUGAGUCAGUAUAUCUUUCUCUCACUCUCUCUCCCCUUUUUACCCAUUCCCAACCAAACCCCUAACCUCGAUUUCCGUUCCGUUCCUCUCUCUCCGAUGGAAUCUCGUAAAUUGGCUGCGUUACUUUCCUCUCUAAUUUCUCAACUCCUCCUCAUCAUUCUCCUCAUUUUCCCUCCCAAUUCCCUCCACCUCAAUUCCACUCCCCAUUCCAAUUCCAAUUCUAAUUCCAAUUCCACCACUUUCUCUCUCAUCCAUCACUUUCUCUUCUCCCAACAAACCGCCGUCACCACCACCCUCCUCUCCCGCAAACGCAAACGCCCUAAACACCACCACCACCGCCACCACCACCCCACCCCUAACCCCGAUUGGUUCCCCAACUCCUUCCUAAUGUCCUCCUCUACAUUCGAAUGGCUUACCGGUUUACUAGAACCUCUCCUCGAAUGCCGUGACCCUGCUUAUCUCUUCCCUCUCAACCUCUCCGCCGGCGUCCGUCUCGGUAUCGGUCUCUUCCGUCUCGCUAACGGCUCCGAUUACUCGCAAAUUUCAUCUCAAUUCAACGUCCCUGUCUCCGUCGCUAAAUUCUGCGUUAAACAACUCUGUAGAGUCCUCUGUACAAAUUUCCGAUUCUGGCUUUCUUUCCCAAACGCAAACGACCUUCGUUCCAUCUCCCAGAAUUUCGAAUCUCUCUCCGGUUUGCCUAAUUGCUCCGGCGUCAUUUUCUGCUCUCGCUUCGAAAUCGCUCCUUCAUCACCCUCAUCAUCAACAUCCUCAUCAUCAGUAUCAGUAUCCCAACAACAACAGCGACAGCAACAGCAACAUUCCUCAAUCGCAGCUCAAAUAGUCGUCGAUUCCACGUGUCGAAUUCUUAGCAUUGCCGCCGGUUUUUUCGGGCAUAAGACGGACUCUGUGAUUCUUAAAGCUUCGAGUUUGUUCAAUGAUAUAGACGAUGGAAUGCUUUUGAAUGCUUCUCCGGUGAACGGUGUUAAUCAGUAUUUCAUUGGUGAUUCUGGGUAUCCUCUACUUCCUUGGCUCAUGGUACCUUUUGUUGAUAAUGUAGCUGUUUCUGGUUCUGUUGAAGAGAGUUUCAAUGCUGCUCAUGAACUGAUGCGGAUUCCGGCUUUAAGAACGGACGCUAGUUUGAGGAAAUGGGGUGUUCUGAGUCGGCCGAUUCGCGAGGAGAUUAAGAUGGCUGUAGCUUAUAUCGGUGCUUGUUCGAUUCUUCAUAAUAGUUUGUUGAUGAGGGAGGAUUUUUCUGCUUUGGUUUGUGAUUUUGAACCUCAGAGAAAAAACAGACAACCUUGUGUAUUUGAGGAUGAUCGUGUAUCGGAGGAGGCUUUGGCGAUGAGGAUGACAUUGGGUACCAUGGCAAAGAAAAUUAGUAGUUAGUUCAGUUCAGAUUCUUAAUUGGUGGGGGAAAGGUAUACUGAUUCAUGAUGCUUCAAGAUGUAUGCAAUUUUUCAGCUUCCACUCUUAGUUAAUUAGUGUGGAUGCGGUAUUGUAAAUACUGCCUCUUGAGCAUUUCAUAGUUAUAUUCUUUUUGAUGA